UGUUUUUUCAACGCAGGGGUCUGGUGUACGCCUCUUCCUCACUGGUUGUCGCUGUCUAUCCUCCCAGCAUCAGCACCUAGCCUAACUGAACAGCGACCGUCCUCGAAGAAAUGAUGCUCUACCAAGCGAGGGAGUUGGACGGAUAAUGGUUAAUCGGUCGACGGAGAAAGACAUGGAUGAUUCGUGUCACCAAAACAUUUAAGGGAUAAAUGAGCGGCUGGGUAUCACAGGAAGUCCCGGGCACGUUUGUGCAGCUCUGGCUGCUUUUUCUGACCAUUCAUAAUGCACCAUUCAUGAUGCGAGCUUCCCUCAUCCUUGAUCUCAAGAAUGGCAAGAAGAAAACAUUGAAAUAGCCUAGCGUUGUUGGCUCGACAGGGCACCGUAGCAUGCCACGCGCUGUUUCGUUGUUUCAUAUAGACUGUUAGGCUAUAACUAGCCUACUAUCAUCGGGUUUAGGAAAGAUAUGAGCCAAAGUCUUCUUGUUGUGCCGAACAAGACAAUAUUCUUUCAGGGCGCCGUACCAAAAGCAGGGCUAUGCAAGCCAUCCAAACAAAGGCACCCCAACACCCCCAUUGACUCACCAGCUGUCCCGUCGCCACUGACAUGACAACGCCGAGCCGAAAGAGCAGGAUCAAAGGGCACCGACCUGCAGCCGGACGCGUGGACUCGAAAAGGAAGGGGGCGACGGACUCGAAGCGAGGAAGCAGCAGCCCGAAGAAUGCCGAAUUGCAGUUUCUAGGGAUAAGCACCAAGGGCAGUGCGGCACUCAACAGUCAUAUCGGGGGAAGGUGGUGGGGGAGCUGUUCAGUGUACCUUCCCCCCACUCUUCGUUCUGCUCCUACCUUGUCCUUUACGUUCCAUUUUCCCGGCGCGAAAAAAUGCUUGAAAACAGCUGCAGUAUUGAUUUGAUUUCGAAUGUUGGUUCUGUGUUUAUAUUCAAAAUGAUUAACCUAUUUCGUUUUCUUAAGCCGUUUGACUGCAUCAGUGAUGGGCAAUUGAAAUAUUAAUCUUGAUUUACAAGCUCGCUGGAAUCCGAGAGGGACUGAUGUACAUACUGGUCAGGUAUCAUCUCCUCCCUCGGUCUCUUGUUCUGCUUACUCUGCUACUUGCCAGCACCAUGGGCUGUAUCCAGAGCAUCGCCUGCAAGCCGCGCAUUAGAAGGGAGAACAUUGUAGUCUACGAGGUAUCGGCCUCCAUUGACCAGUGCCCAACGGUGAUAGAGGAGAACUCGCCUAUAGUGCUGCGGUAUAAGACACCAUAUUUCCGGGCCUCAGCCGGGAUCGUAAUGCCUCCGGUGCCCCGCAAUGAAACCUGGGUAGUGGGUUGGAUCCAGGCUUGUACUCAAAUGGAGUUCUACAAUACUUAUGGGGACAUUGGCAUGUCCAGCUGGGAGUUACCGGAGCUCCGCGAGGGCCGGGUCAAGGCCAUCAGCGACUCGGAUGGGGUCAGCUACCCCUGGUACGGCAAUACCACCGAGACUGUCACCCUCACGGGCCCCACGUCCAAGCCGUCGCGCCUCACGGUCAGCAUGAACGACAACUUCUACCCCAGUGUGACCUGGGCCGUGCCCAUCAGCAACAGCAACACAGCCAUGCUGUCACACAUCACCCGAGACCAGAGCUUCAUCACCUGGCUGGUUGCCAUCAACUCUGUCACCAAGGAGCGCAUUGUGCUGCAGACGGUGCGGUGGCGGAUGCGGGUGGACAUCGCCGUGGACCCUGACAUGCCCCUUGGCUCCCGGGCCUCCCUAGUGGGCCGUCCUCACCAGGAGCAGCCCCACAUCCUCAACUAUCAGGAGCCAAUCCUCUCCAACGCCCUGGGACGACCCAAUGCCAACGACGCCCAAGUGCUGAUGUGGAGGCCCCGCAGAGGGGCGCCCCUAGUGGUCAUACCGCCCAAAUAAGGUCGAAAAGACUGAGAAAAAAGAGAUGUGAUUGGUUCACGGUAGUGAGGAAGUGUGGACCAUCGCAAAGCAGGGAAAUUAUGACUUAUCCUGCCAAGAUGUUAGCUCUUCACUCAUACCUACUACUGUCAGGGUUCAAUGGAUGAUAAGAAAUUGUGAAACAGUAUAGGUAUUUUCUCUGGACUGGACUGCAUUGGAAUUGGCACAGCGGAAAUUUACAGAGCUAGACUGGUUUUAGGUGCAGGCUCAAAACUGCAUCAGCGUUUGAUUAAGUUGGACUGUUUUUGGACGGCCACAGUCCUGAAUUAGAGUUGUAUCCAUUGGACAUAAAGGGACAGAGCUAUUGAAGUUUCAUUGAGGUGGACUGGACACAGAACUGCAUCCUACUGUAGAUCUUAUUGCAUGAGAAAGAAAACGGUCUAUGACUGGAAUAAGAAUACCAUUUUAUAUAAGCUCAUCACAUUAAGGAUAUUGAAUGGAACUUCUUACAUUGGCCAUGAAAUCCUGCAAGCUGGAAAAUCUCCUCAGUGCCAAUUAUUGAUAUAACAGCCUUUAACGCUCAUACAACAUUUUAAGAACACAUCGUUAGAUUUAAUUAUGAGUCAAAUCAUAUUAUAUAAAUCUUCUGUUAGUUUAAGAUGAACUCACAUCAAUCAGAUUGUAUUAAGAACACCGACUUGGCAUAAAGUUCUACAAAGAAAUGGGCUGGUUGUAGUCUUAUUGAAACACGCUAUGUUUAUCCAUUCAAAUAGAAACAUAGAACAUGGACGGGUUAAAGGUGUGGGUUUUCUCGUGUCAGUUGAGUAUCUACACGUACAAACAUGAAUGUCCAAGUCUAAGUCCAACCCUUGCCACUACCCAUAUUGCUUAUCUUUACAAUCCAUUCCGAUAUACUCAAAGUGUCUUGGGUGAGGGGAUAGGGGUUUAUUUGGGAUUGGGCCAUAGCCCCACAGUACACUAUUAAGGCAGUGGUCUGGGCUGGUAUUGGGUUUAUUCAGAGGUGUCCCUAUCAUAUUACACAAUGUCACAUGAUUCAUUCUCCAUCUAUGCUCCUCACCAGGUUCAGUCCACACCUUCCCAUCUGUCUGUCCAUCUAUUUCUCUCCCUCCCAUCACUCCAUCAUUCUCUCUCCUCUCCACAUGUCACAAUCCCUGAAUUUCUCUCCACUCCAAGACUAUGCAAACACAGAGGGACUGUUGAGUGAGAUAAAAAAGUACCAGUCAAAAGUUUGGACACACCUAAUCAUGCAAGGGUUUUUCUUUAUUUUUUACUAUUUUCUACAUUG